GGCGAAGCCACCCUAAGCGCGGGCCGAUCCCCCGCCCGGCCACUUGAGCGGGCGGGCGGGCGCGCACCUACGCACGCACGCACGCACACCGGCCCCCUCCCCGCCCCUCUGGUGCGCCAGCUACGAGGCGCGCGGUCACGUGGGCCCAUCCCUGGACGGCUGGCGCGGGAAGCCGCGCGAGAGCGGGCCGCGGGGUGCGUGAGCCGGCGCCGCCGCCGCCGCCGCCGCCCCCGCCGGGGCCGCCGCGGGAGCGGCCCCUCCCGCACGGAGGAGUCAGGCGGCCGCCCGCCGCGGCGGCCUCUGGAGCCACAAUGGACACAGCUAGCCAUAGCCUUGUCCUUCUGCAGCAGCUGAACAUGCAGCGAGAAUUUGGUUUUCUGUGUGAUUGCACAGUUGCUAUUGGAGAUGUGUACUUCAAAGCCCACAGAGCAGUGCUUGCUGCUUUUUCUAACUAUUUCAAGAUGAUAUUUAUUCACCAAACAAGUGAAUGCAUAAAAAUACAACCAACUGACAUCCAACCUGACAUAUUCAGCUAUUUGUUGCACAUUAUGUACACGGGGAAAGGGCCAAAACAGAUUGUGGAUCAUAGUCGUUUGGAGGAAGGGAUUCGAUUUCUUCACGCCGACUACCUUUCUCACAUUGCGACUGAAAUGAAUCAAGUGUUCUCACCAGAGACUGUGCAGUCCUCAAAUUUAUAUGGCAUUCAGAUCUCAACGACCCAAAAAACAGCUGUCAAACAAGGGCUGGAGGUCAAGGAAGCUCCUUCCAAUAACAGUGGAAAUAGAGCUGCUGUCCAGGGUGACCACCCCCAGUUGCAGCUCUCUCUUGCUAUUGGGCUGGAUGAUGGCACUGCAGACCAGCAGAGGGCCCAUCCUGCUGCCCAGGCCUUGGAGGAGCACCAGAAGCCCCCCGUGUCCAUCAAGCAGGAGAGAUGUGACCCAGAAUCUGUGAUUUCCCAGAGCCAUCCCUCACCCUCUUCAGAGGUGACAGGCCCUUCUUCCACUGAAAGCGGUAUCAAAAUACACCUAUGCCAUUACUGUGGGGAACGUUUUGAUUCCCGUAGUAAUCUAAGACAACAUCUCCAUACCCACGUGUCUGGAUCCCUCCCGUUUGGUGUCCCUGCUUCCAUUCUGGAAAGUAACGACCUUGGUGAAGUGCAUCCACUUAAUGAAAAUAGCGAGGCUCUUGAAUGCCGCAGGCUUAGCUCCUUCAUUGUCAAGGAUAAUGAGCAGCAGCCUGACCACUCACACCGGGGUACCACAGAGCCUUUGCAGAUCAGUCAAGUGUCUUUGAUCUCCAAAGACACUGAGCCAGUAGAAUUAAACUGUAAUUUUUCUUUUUCAAGGAAAAGAAAAAUCACCUGUACUAUCUGUGGUCAUAAAUUUCUCCGAAAGAGCCAAUUACUGGAGCACAUGUAUACACACAAAGGUAAAUCUUACAGAUAUAACCGAUGCCAAAGGUUUGGUAAUACAUUAGCCCAGAGAUUUCAGCCAUAUUGUGACAGCUGGUCUGACAUCCCCCUGAAAAGUUCUCGCUUGUCGCAAGAACAGUUAGACUCAUCUUGUGCCUUAGAGUCACAACUCACACAAGAAAAUGUGGAUACUAUCCUGGUUGAGUAGCAGUUUCUCCUUCAGGAUUUUUGUAUCAGUUCUGAAAAAGAAAACUCACAUACAUUUUUUAAUUCAUAAAUUAUUUUUCUCCUCAA